UAGUAGCCCGCAUACAUGGAGACAACCGCACUAAUCAAUUAGAGCGCGUUUCGGAACGCAUAUUCUAAAUUUAAAAUUUUCAAACGCGGGAAACUUUAUGUCGUGUUUUGUUUUCGCUGCUAUUAUUUUUAACACUCGUCCUCAAUAUUUAAUAGGUCAAUAAUUUAUUUUUGUUAUGGAGAAAUUAGUUUUUGUUGCGUUAAUUUGUGUUAUUUUAUCAGAGAGCAAUGCAUGCUUCACAAGCAAUCAUGCCCACUUUACCCGAAUGAGAAUUGGAAGUCGCUUCUAUCAAGAAUGUAGAUGUGACGAGCCUGGCAGUGAAGGGGUCAAUUUAAAAUGGCUCGAUUCUCACAAUCAGGAAAUUCAGCCACUAAGACCAGGUAUAGAAUCGAACGUGUAUUCAGAAUGGGUGGAUGAAGAUACAUACAGAUUGUUCAUUUCAAACCUUGGGAGAUCAAUAUCUGGUGAUUACAAGUGUGUGACUAACCACAAUGGUCAAACAUACGCUUUGACGUACAACGUGGAAGCAUAUGAUCGUCCCUACUUCAUUAACACGAAUGAAACUCAAUACGUAGUGAGUGGAAAAAAUGUUACCAUAUUUUGUGAAGCCCGCAGUGAAACAGACCCUCUAAUAAUAUGGUACAAACAAGACGGCCUCACAAAGAUAAAAGAUGAUGAUAAAUACGAAACUUCACCUGAAGGAUUAAUAAUAAAAGAAGUGACUAACGAUGACAAAGGACUGUAUAAAUGUGCUGCAUCAGAUCUAAAAACGGGGGAAGAAAUUAUUAGAGACAUACUAGUAGAGGUGAUAUCAGUGCCAGAGAUAACAGAGAUUGUAGCUUCUCCAGAUAGUAAUGUCGUAGCUGGAGGUAUAUUAGAAAUAGUAUGUAUGGCCACAGGUAGUCCUCAUCCAGAAUAUGUAUGGAGAAAGAUUCCCAAAUACCCUCUAUCAAUCCGGAACGCCUCGUUCCCAUCACAACUAAGCCAUUGGAAACAAGAAGCUAAUAAAAUAACAAUAUACGAUGUAAAUGAAAACGAUGCCGGCGCCUACGAAUGCACUGCAUCUAACGUCGCUGGAUCUUCUUCGGGGAGCGUCAAUAUAGAUGUAUAUUUUAUGCCAGAAAUAAUAAAAUACGAUAGUGUAGUUGCUAUAGAAGGAUCAACAGUGCAAAUAGUUUGCGGGGCUCAAGGACUGCCAAUUCCUCAGAUAAGCUUGAACUAUUUAGGAGAAUACAAUGAACGAGGCCUAGGAUGGGACAUGAAGAAUGUUAGUGAAAUCGAAGCAGAAUUCUAUUUGACUUUCUUUCCAGUCAAUAGAAGCCACGAAGGAGUUUAUAUUUGUAAUGCAUCCAAUUUCUUGUACACGGAUCAAAAAGAGAUAAACCUGACAGUACUGUACGCGCCAAAAUUUGGCAAACCGUUUGAACACGCCUGGGGAUGGAGCGGGCAUAACACAAAUCUGAGUUGUGACAAUGAGAGUAAUCCACCUGCUAACAUCACAUGGAUGUAUCAAGGAAAUGAUUUAUCAGAAGAGGAGCAGACUGAAAUCAACAACAUAAUGGCAGAUAAGAUGCACAACAAUCCAUUAAUAAUCGAAAACAUCUCUCUAUAUGGUACUUAUCAAUGCGUAGCUCAUAAUGAAUUCGGUGAAGAUAAAAAAGUAAUUGCUUUAAGACAAGGCUUUAUACCAGGAGCUAUAAAUAAUGUAACAAUCACAAAUCUAACGUCUACAUCCGUUACAUUUUCUAUUAACGGACCAGAAUUCGUAAAUGGACCUAAACUUAAAGCUUACAAAGCGGAGUACGAUGAAGUGGAAAACUACAAUAUAACUGACAUACACAUAAAUAGAACUUGGUCUAUUGACAGACCGUUCAGACUAGACAGACUGAGACCCAGUACAGUUUACUAUAUCAAGUUUGCAGCUAUUAAUGACGUUGGAGAUGGUCCUUGGAGCGAAGUUUACGAUUUUGCUACGCUGGAAAAAACAAAUUUCAGGUCAGUCCCGUUAGAACCAGUUUGGGAGGCAGAUGUGGAAGAAGCAGCCGCUUUUGAGCGCAAAUUGAAGUGGAAACAAGAGGAACUUGUGGAUUCUUACAACAUUCGCCUAUGUCCGAUGUACAAUGGUAUUAUUGAGGAGGAGAUUUGUAAAGAUAAAACUAUCGAAUCUGCCGCAGAAUAUGAGUUGAAUGAGUUAGAUUCUAACACAACGUACUAUCUAGAGUUGGUUGCACACAAUUCUAAUGGAUCAUCGACUCCUGCGCACAUAAUGUUUACAGUACCAGCUAAAGAAGAGUCGUUAUUGUCUGCCGGAGCUUUGAUUGGGAUAUCCAUAGUGAUCGUGUUCCUUUGCCUCGUGUUAUUGGAUGUUCUGUUACUGCUGUGGAGAAGACAAGGCAUCAUCGCCCACUGCUGCCAUAAGAAGAAGAAGAACAAAAGAGAAGUGAGUUUAAACUCAAGAUCCGACAACUUAAAUGAGACAGGAAAGGCCUUCUUAGAGACAACCCAGAGCCCACCGAUGUACAAAAGCGAGCGAGCAAUGGACACAGAGAAUACGAAUAUAAUAAAACGACCGGCGUUAUAACCGGAAAACAUUCCGCUGUUUAAUAAUAAGAGUAUAUAAAUAAAUUUAAUCUGAUCGCACAUUUAUCAACGUGAGCCGAACUUGCCGCAUAUUUUUCACAGCACUUCACGACGCUGUAUAAUGAUUUCAAUUGAAUUGGAGUAUUUCUUUAAAAUUAUACUUAGUUUUGGUAUAUGUUAAAUAUUCAAUAUUGUACUCGUAGUAUUUAUAUGACUGGGAAAAACGUUUGACGGAAGGGUUUAAUAGAUACAUAUUAGAAACCAAAACGUACUGUUUUUACUUGCAAAUUAUAUCUAACGGAUCCAUUGACAUAAAUCUCAUGAUGAACAAGGAACAAAUAGAUUUAAAAUAUAUCUGAAAAAUCAUCAAAAUAUCGGUGUUGUAAUUAUCUUUAUAAUCGGUGUUUUUUAUUUUGCAUUAAACGCUGAAAAUACCAAGUAUUUGAUACUAUAAUUACAUUAUUGAUGACAAUAUUGAAUAUAGCAUUGGUUAAGGAACUGAUAAAUGUACGAUCAGCUUUAUUAUAAAAUAAUAGUUAUAUUGUAAGUUUGUGUUGAAAGUGGUCUCAAGGGAAACAUUGUUGUCUACAGUACGGAUGCGUGGAGGAAUGCAUACCUAAUGUGUCUUAUGAAACAGAAGAGAAUAAGCUACUAGUAUUAUGUUACUGUAACUGCGUUUUUUACGUUAAAUAGUGCAGAGAGCUGUAAUAGCCCAGUAAUACUUCGAUUUGGAGGUCGUAGGUUUGUUUCCGGUCCUGGGCAUGCACCUCCAACUUUUCAGUUAUAUGAAUUUUAAGAAAAUAUUAAGAAUAUCACGUGUCUCAAACGGUGAAGGAAAAAUAUCGUGAGGAAACCUGCGUACUUGUGAAUUUUCUUAAUUAUCUACGCGUGUGAAGUCUGCAAAUCCGUAUGAUGAUAUUUAACGGGUUAGUUUGAAGAACCGAUAGACAUAGCAGUCCGAAGCUGUGGGAAUGAUAAUCUACAUCGGAAAUCGUAGUGUUGGCCGACGCCGAUAGGCGGCUUGAGUGUUUCAAAGGACAAAAUACUGCAACGAAUAAAAUAUUAUGUAUUGGAUAGAAGCAGGCGUUACUUUGCGGAAGUUCAUCAUGAAUAUAUAAUAAUUUAUUUAUUUUGCUAUUAUCCGCGAAAAGCCGACUGAGAUGUUGUCCUCAGGAGAUGUUGACUCUGCAACGUGCACGUUGUAGAGUCAACAUCUCCUGAGGAUGCUCUGGUUUCGGGGUGAAACGUACGUAGAGAGUAUUUUGUAGGACCUGGGUGACGAUGUCGCAUGGGUUCGUCGGCUUUUCGCGGAUAAUAGCAAAAUAAAUAAAUUAUUAUAUGUUUAAAAUAUUAUGGAUGAUUUGAUACAAAGUAGUUUAAAGAGCAUAGAUUAGCACUUACAGUGACAUAAUAUUUUAUUAUAAUACAGUAAUCAGACAUAUUUAAGUCAAUAAUCAUUAUGUUAAGCUAUGAGUCAAAUUAAUGUAAUUAACUAAAAUACAAUAUUUGCUUUUAAGUUAUAACUAUUAUUCGUAUUCAUGUAAUAAAUAGUUUUUUUUUUUAUUUUUUCUGUAAAAACUGAAACCAGCUUUUACACAAUUAUAAUUUAUAUAGUUUAGGUAUAAGGUAACUUAAUUGAUGUAGGCACUUUGUAGAAUAUGGCGUAAGUAUACAUUUUAUCUUUGAGUUAUAAACUUUUGUAUAUAUAAUAUUAUUAUUAUGUUACCAUUAUAAAUUUAAUACUGUAAUAUUAUAAUUUUUAUUUUCAUUAUGUUUAGAAUACAUUAUUCAUUGAAAUAAUAUUUGCGAAUAUUUUGUAAUGAUAUCUAACAACUUUUAAACUAUUUGUAAGUAUAUUUUUGCUUUUUUUAUAUGCCAAAGAUUUAAGAAUAAAAUGUUGGAAGCAG